GCUAGAUUCCUUUAUUAUAAGGCCUGGUGCCUGUUAAUGCCAAAGUUGAUGACCACAAUGUUCUUCUAUGAUUACCUAUUUCUUUAAGUCAAGUUGAAAUUAGCCAUGACGAUACAAUCUUGAAGAUAUAUCACAUAACCGGUGGUUCAUAUGUCCUGCCAAGUUUCAUGUCGUUUCUUCCCACUAAGGUCAAUAAUCCUACCAUCCCAAACAUAUCAGUACUUCAUCGAUGCAACCGUAGAGGGGACAAAGAGGGUUUCCGUAACUCAUCCGAUCAGUCAAAGCGAUACUGCGGGGGAUGCAGCGCAGUGGGUCAACAUCCAAACCACAGGCCCACCACCACCACCGAUCGCUACCUUGGAGGAAUCAAAGCUAUAACUACUUACUUCGUGACCAAUUCGAAAAAAUCGAAUGACCAUUCCAUUAAUAAAAGCAUUCGCUGUUGGCGCA